AUGGGCAAGUCACGUCGCAAUCGAGCCGGCGCAUCUCAGCGACGGGACCCCAUCGCCAAACCCGUCAAACCCCCCUCUGAUCCCGAGCUCGCCGCUCUCCGAGAAGCCAAGAUCCUUCCCGUCAUCCGAGACCUUCAGAAUGCCGACCCCAAGUCUCGCUCCGCCGCCGCCAGCGCCAUCACCAACAUCAUCCAAGACACCAAGUGCCGAAAGCUGUUGCUGCGCGAACAAAUCGUCCAUACUAUUCUCACACAGACAUUGACAGAUGCCGCGCUUGAAAGCAGAGCUGCCGGCUGGGGUAUACUGCAGACUCUGGCUCAGGAGGAGGAGGCCGACUUUUGCGUGCACCUGUUCCGCUCCGACAUCCUGACGGCCAUCCAAUAUGCCGCCAAGACUGUCGGAGAGAAGCUGUUAUCCAACGGCCACGGCCUCGCAAAGCUUCCCAAGGCAGAGAGAGCUUUUGUUGUUAGCAUUGCCGCCUCCCUUAUCGCUUUGCUGACCGCAUUGGCUGAGGCUGGCGACGAAAUCCUCGAGGCAAUCUCCUCCAACCACACCGUUACCGACUUUCUCUUCGUUCUCGUCUCGUACACAAGCAAGAACGACGAGGAUUCCGAUGCUAUUUUGGGCCUGCGAGGCGACGCCCUGGCUUGCCUCAUGAUUCUCACCGAAGAUAAUGCAGGGCUGGCCAAAAAGCUUGUCACCAACUCUGCAUGCUACCAAGCUCUCUCCUCACUCAAGAACGAAGUCACUGGCGACGGCGUACUGGCAUGCGCUACCCUCCACAACGUCUUUGCCGCUCUCGAAGGCCUCAAGGACGCGCCUCAUGUCCCUGAAGCAGACGAUUCACUAUUGAUUCCUACGCUGGCCAAGACCAUUGCAACUAUUCAAGAAGGCCAGAUGCCCGCCAAUGGCAGCCCAGGGUGGUCGAACCCAGCCGAGCAGCAACAACUGGCUCUCGAAACCCUAGCAUCCAUCGGCACAACCUUGAACUCUGCAAACAUCGACUCUCCUGCUCCUGUAAAAGAAAAGAAGGUUGAGGAAGAACCCAAAGACGACGAGGACAUGGAUGACGCCGACGCAGACAACUCUGGCGCCGAGGAUGACAACGAAGAACAAGACGACGACGAGAUGGACGACGACGCAAUGGAAGCAGACAUGGAAAUGGUCACCGGCGCAGACGACAACCAAGACAACAGCAACAUCGACGACAUUCCCGUCCUAAAAGCCCUCCUACAAACAGCCAUCCCCGAACUCAUCCGCAUCUCCGCCCUCCACCCCACCGACACCCACUCCCUCCAGCUUCAGAGCCUUGCCCUCUCCGCCCUCAACAACAUCGCCUGGUCCGUAUCCCUAGUCGACUUCUCCGAGGACCAAAACGCCGGCAUCCAAAACGCCUGGUCCCCCAUCGGCACCUCCCUCUGGAAACAAGUCAUCACGCCCAUCCUCUCCAGCGACACCGCCGACGUCAACCUCGCCACCCAAGUCACCGGCCUCGCGUGGGCCGUCGCCCGCAGUCUCCGCGGCAAGACCCCCCUCGCCGGCGACGAGCACCGCAAAUUCAUCUCCCUCUACCAGGCCACCAAGUCCAUGGACGCCCAGGACUCGCAAGACCCCUUCCAGCGCCUCGGCGUCAAGUGCGUAGGCGUCCUCGGCCAACUCGCCAUGGAUCCCUGCCCCUCGCCGCUGAACCGCGAAAUCGGCUCCUUUUUACUGAAUCUAGUCGCUGGAUUACCUGAUACGCCUGCCGCGGAUGCCGUCGAGGCGUUGAAUCAGAUUUUUGACAUUUACGGCAACGAGGACUUUGCGUAUGAUGCGGAAGUCUUUUGGAAGGACAACUUUUUGAAUCACUUGGAGGCGGUGCUGCCCAAGGCGAGGGCCAUGGUGAAGAGUGUCGAGAAGAAGGCGUUUCCUGAGUUGAGGACCCGCGCGGAUGAGGCGGUCAUGAAUCUGGGACGGUUCCUUGCCUACAAGAAGAAGAAUAAGCCGGAGGAUAUGAAUGGCUCUUAA